UCCGACACGCUGAUACAUUGUCUGCCGUUUGCAGCUGUCGCAUCCUGAGAUGACGAUGAAGAGAACCACGCUCCCAUCGACCAAAACAACCCACACACGUGGCGACGUUUGCAUCGCGCCACGGAGAAUCGAACGUGCAGUGUAGAAUUUCAGAUUCGACCAGUACGGCUCCUCGAGAGCGCUAACCGUGUACAGUAACGCAUGAUAACGAGUAGCCAUAUCUGUACCCACCUCUCCAAGCAUCCACCUUGUUAGUGUCCCCACGCUGGUGCAAUCCCGAGCUCGAACGCUCACGAUAUAGAGGGACGGCAUCCAUCUGAACAGUCCGCCCAAUUUUGCACUGGAUAUUUCGAGUCUGAACAACAUACUGAGCGUAUUUCAACCGAUUCUUAGACGGACCCCACUGCCAAGUCCGCCCUGGAGCCCAUUUCUAGCCCUGCAAAAAGCUUCGCUUGGUUCGCCCCCAAAACCCACAUCCAUUCCACUCAGCCGUCGACAUAUUACAUCGGUGUGUACUGCAUGAGACGCAAUCAAUGCAAUUUCAAGUGCUAUACCCUAGGUGCGGGAAUAGCCAUACAUGCCAUGGUAUAGUAAUUGUAAUACUUACUAAGUGCAUGCAGGCAGUUUGUAACACCUACUUUUUCUUCUCCCCGGUGCGCGUAUUCACUGCUCGAACUGGACUAGCCAUGCAAAUGCAUUCUUUACUUGGUGCUGUUCCAUCGACCGGGGCGUAGUCAAAUCACCGUGCGCUCAUUUGGCCCCUCCUUCCUCCCUGCGGCGGCUUACAUGCAUUCAUGCUCAGCUAAACCUUUUACCCUUCUCACCGCUGCCUGGAUCCUUGGCUUGUCCCCUUUCAAGGCUUCUCCAAUGGCGAAAUAUGUGUCCCUUACUAUACAGCCUUGUCAGAAUCCGGUCAAUGCCCCAUAUCCCUAAAGAAGGUAGAAUGAUCGAGCUGUUCAGACCCUAUAAAUAGAGGAACAGCCCCGCGUGUGUGCGGCUCUUUGAAUUCUCCUAGUCGCGUCUUGUCCCUCAAUGGCUUCUACAAAUCCCUAUCCUGCAGGCUCUUAUGCCCAGCAGCAGCAGCAGCCAUACCCCCAACAACAAAAUGCAACUGGUUACCCGCCACAGCAAGGCUAUUAUCCACCCCAGCAGAACUACCCUCAGCAACCCCAGGGUCAACAGGCCUAUCCACAAUCUCAAGGAUACCCGCAACACUCUCAGCCUGCAUACGGAUCGCCAGCUCCUCAAAGCCCGCCCGCUCCUCUGAGCCCGGCCCCUCCGGCACCGGCUGGGUAUGAAACUCGAUGGGACCAGAAUUAUAAGCAAUGGUACUAUGUAGAUAAAUCCACAGGUCGAAGCCAAUGGGAAAAACCUGCCUCUGCACCUGCGCCCGCGCCUGUGAAUGCAUAUGGUAACAGCCAACCCGGUGCACCGCAGUCCUAUGCACAGAAACCUCUUUUGCAGCAAAAGCCAUCGGAGACGACUAUCUCAAAGCCCUCCCCGGUGCCGUCCAAGUCAACACCGAUUCAAGCUCAGAAGGCUGUACCACCUCGAAAGGCUGUACCCUCUAAACCCGAGAAAAAGAUGGCUUCCCAGCCCCCUAAAUCAUCUUCCGCUCAACCUCAGACUGGAUAUCCACCGCAGUCCCAAGGCCAGCCCCUGAAGCCAUAUCCUGCUCAACCCCAGUCUCAGAAUCAGCCUCCAAAGCCACCUUCUGCUCAACCACAGACCAAAUAUCCGCAGCAGUCUCAGAAUCAACCGCUGAAGCCAGUUUCUGCUCAACCGCAGUCCGGAUAUCCGCCGCAAUCCCAAAGUCAACCCUCAAAGCCAUAUCCUGCUCAAGCUCAAUCCGGAUAUCCACCACAGUUCCAAAACCAACCCCCAAAGCCAUAUCCUGCUCAAUCCCAGACCGGAUAUCCACCACAGUCUCAAAGUCAGCCUCCAAAGCCAUAUCCGGCUCAGACAUCCGCACCCGCAGCAAAGUCCGCUCCCUUGCCGUCUAUUCUUCAAGCAAAUACACCUGUGCAAGCAAAGACAGCGUUGACGGCUAAACCACCAACUUCUCAAGUUCCCUCUGCUCUUCAGACUAAAACUGGUCCACAGCCUUCUCAAUUGCCCCCUAGUCUACAAGCGAAAACGGCACCGCAGAGUUCUCAAUUACCCCCUAAUCUACAAGCAAAAACUGCCCCGAAGCCCUCUCCAUUGCCUCCUAACCUCCAAGCGAAACAAAGCUCGCAACCCUCCUCACUGCCCUCUAAUCUGCAGGCGAAGACCGCUCCCCCGACUGCCCAAAAGGGUCCGGCAACGUCCCCAGCACCAUCUACUGCAAGGAAUGCAGCUCCCUCUACACAGCAGACUCCUGCCCGAGGUGCAGCUCCUCCUACACAGCAGCCUCCCGCCCGAGGUGCAGCUCCCCCUGCACAACAGUCUUCCACCCGGAGUGCAGCGCCUCCUGCACAGCAGUCUUCCAGCAAAGGUGCAUCACAGUCCUAUUACAGUGCCGCACCAGCAUCUCAGAACGCGUAUCCGCAGCAACAAUCGUACACCACGACCACGUACUAUCAGCAACAACCACCACCCCAGAGCUCGUACUCUUACGCAAGUCAUCAAGAGUACCAGUAUCCCCAACAGACAUAUACGCAAUAUGCCGCUCCCUCACAGGCAUAUACCUACUACGACAACAACCCUCCAACCUCGGACAAGAAUGAUAAGGACCAUAAAGACAAAGACAAAGACAAGAAGAAAGACAAAUCUGGACACUCCGGGGCCGCGAUGGCGGCGGGUGUAGGCGUUGCUGGGAUCGCAGGUAUUGCUGGUGGGGCGUACCUGGCCCAUGAGAUCUCCGAGCAUGAAUGGACCUCCCCAUCGGAGCACAUCACACACACAACGAACUACAUUAGCAACGCACCCGACGAGGCUACAACAUAUGUCACAAACACGGCAAAUGACGCAUACGGUUCCGCUGGACAGUACGUAGACAAUGCAGAGAAUUAUGUUGAUAACUCUACGACAUAUGUCUCCAACACUGCGAAUGACGUCUACGACACCGCUGGACAGUACGCUGAUAACGCAGAAAAUUAUGUGGAUAAUUCUACUGCGUACAUCUCCAACAAUGUCAACGAAGCCUAUAAUACAGCUGGGCAGUACGUAGAUGAAACGGAAGGCUAUGUGGACUAUGCCAGUCAGGCGCCGUAUGCCGCUGCUCAGGAGUAUGCCGCCGAAUCCGAGGAGGAGGAGGAGGAGGAGGAGGAGGAAGAAGAAGAAGAAGAAGAGGAAGAGGAAGAGGAAGAACAAGAACAGUACUACGGCGAGGAUGCUGGAGAUGCAUACUACGGUUCUGACGAUGGUGGCGGGUCUGACGGGGGAUUCUUUGACUAGAACAACGUAGCAGUAAAACUAUAGAUUCGCACGUAAUUCAUCUUGAUCAUCUUUAACAUGUCGGUCCAUCCAUCGCCCGAUCCCCGUUGAGCUCCUCUCUUAUAAAGUGACUGUCUGCUAACUCAGCAGCUGAUAACACGCCUCACUGGAAGCUUGAUAAUAGCACGGCAUCGUAAUCGACAUGAUCCGGCACAUAUACGAGUACAACGCCACACACCGGGAUAUGCUCAAGGCGUUUCUAGGCGAGUGCAGCAUGUUGUGUAGUAUCACUUCAUUUAUUGUCCUGAUUUUUAUUACCUAUCUCCAUCAUGUAAAUACAUAGCAGUCUAAAUAUGCAAGUACACGUAAAGAGUAGAGAAAAGCAUAACCACGAUCGAAUCCCAAGAAACGAGUAACUAUCUCUUCCUCCAACUCUAAAGUUUAGAGUUGAUUGGUAUUUAGACCUACAUCUUGGAAGUUGACUAGCUAGCUGGAAAGAUGGAAGGAGAGAGAGAGAGAGAGAGAGAGAGUAAGCCAGGCACCUAGAUACUAUCACGGAUUUCGAGGACGAGGUGAGUGGAGAAAUCAAACUGAUAAUAAGCAAGAUGGCUUUCUAAGCAUCAUUUCGGUCAGGAAUCAUGUUUUCUCAUCCUCUCCCCAAGUGAAAGAAAUAUGACGAAUCAAAUGUAAAUUAUCAAAUAUCCCAUUCUCGAAUAAACUCAAUUGCAUUGCAGGACAACUCAGCUAAACAUGUCAACAACAAAGAAAAAAUAAUAAAAUAAAGAUAUAACGAGAGGAAACCUUAGCCAGACAGACGUAGGAAAGCAAACAGAACUAUGUGGCCCUUUCGUAAAUGAUGUCGAAUAGACUGUCGUUCGUAGUGGUUUGCGAGGGGGGUAUCCACGCAUCCUCUUCUCCUCUUCUACCCCCAGAUCACUCUUUUCGCAUCCGAUAUC